UCGUCGGCGGCGGUCUUGCAGGUCUCUCAGCGGCCCACACGCUCCUCGAACGAGGUGCCAAUGUCCUGCUCCUUGACAAGCAAGGAUUCAUGGGCGGAAACUCAACAAAAGCGACUUCUGGUAUCAACGGAGCUGGUACACAGACGCAGCAAGAAUACGGGAUUCCCGACAAUGCGAAGAUAUUCUUCGACGACACCAAGAAAUCGGCUCGCGACCUCGCUCGAGACAACCUCAUCCGCGUGCUCACAGGCCGUUCCGGCGAUGCUGUUAACUGGCUGCAGGACAAGUUUGCUCUCGAUCUGUCCAAGGUUGCUCGCCUCGGUGGUCACAGCCAACCGCGGACCCACCGCGGAAAUGCUCAGUUCCCAGGAAUGGUCAUCACUUAUGCGCAAAUGGAACGUCUCGAGGAUCUUGCUGUGUCAGACCCCAGCCGUGUCAAAAUUCUGAAGAAGGCUAGGGUGACUAAGCUCAUCAAGGAAGGUGAUGUUGUCGUUGGUGUCGAGUAUAUUCAUGGCAAUGCGACACAUACCGCCUACGGGCCCGUCAUCCUGGCUACAGGUGGAUAUGCAGCCGAUUUUUCUUCAGACUCCCUCCUCAAGAAAUACCGUCCCGAGCUAUGGGAUCUCCCUACUACCAACGGCGACCAUUGCACUGGUGAUGGGCAGAAGAUGGCGAUGGCCGCUGGUGCCAGUGGCAUUGAUCUGGAGAAGGUUCAAGUUCACCCGACUGGUCUAGUUGACCCCAAUGAGCCGGGAGCAAAAGUCAAGUUCUUGGCCGCUGAGGCACUCAGAGGUGUUGGUGGUCUCUUGCUGGAUAAUGAGGGUCAGCGUUUCGUCGACGAGCUGCAGCACAGAGACUUUGUCACAGGCAAAAUGUGGGAAAAUGGCAAGUAUCCCAUCCGAUUGGUUUUGAACGGCCGUGCAUCUAAGGAUAUCGAAUGGCAUUGCAAGCAUUACGUAGGACGAGGCUUGAUGAAGCGUUUCGAUUCUGGCGACGCUCUCGCGAAGGAAUUUGGUCUAGCCCCUGCAGUUCUCAAAAAGACAUUUGAGGAUUAUAACAAUAGUGUUCGCACGCAAAAGGACCCGUUCGGCAAGAAGUUUUUCUCGGGCGAAUGGUCUUUCGAUGACUUCUUCCAUGUUGCCAUCAUGACUCCUGUUCUGCAUUAUACCAUGGGUGGUCUCGAGAUCGACGAUGAAUCCCGGGUAAUCUCUUCAAAUGGAAAGCCAAUACCUGGUCUCUUUGCUGCUGGUGAAGUCGCUGGCGGUGUUCAUGGAGCCAACCGACUAGGAGGAUCUUCGCUUCUGGGUUGUGUUGUCUUUGGUCGUGUCUCUGGCGACUCUGCUGCCAAGUAUCUGUUGAUGCAGGCGAGCGAGGCUGUCGCGAAAGCUGGCGGACGGAUAGGUCAACUUGCCGGACAGCUUGGAGGUUCGAGUGCAAGCGGCCCUCCAUCGGCAUCUGCUCCUGAAGCAAAGAAGGAAACGGCUUCUUCGUUGGGCGUCAAAGCGAGUUCAUUCACCGCGGAGGAAGUUUCAAAACAUAACAAGAAAGAUGAUGUCUGGGUUAUUGUGGACGGUCAAGUCUUGGAUGUUACGAACUUCCUUCCCGACCAUCCUGGAGGUGAAAAGGCAAUCCUGCUAUACGCCGGUCGAGAUGCAACAGAAGAGUUCAACAUGCUUCAUGACCCAAAGGUUAUUCCUCGUUAUGCGCCGGAUGCUGUAAUUGGCACCCUGAAAAAGUAGAUGGUUUGUGCCGUGGUUUUAUGUCAUUGUAGGAUGGAUAGUUGUAUUUUAGUCCAGUUUUGUCAAUACUUUUCCCGUCCCAUUAUUUACAACUGAAAACCAGUUUAUUAUGAC